UAAUUCCUAUCCUGUCCCCAUCCCUUCUUUCAGUUUUUUCCCCAAUUUCAUCUUGUUUUUCUUUUUUCCAAAUUCCUUUCUCGAUCGAAAAGAAAAAUCGUCUCCCACGAUUUCAUAUCUAGGGUUUUCCAUUACAACUACAGUCAAGACCUCCCUUGAAGAUUCGGGGAGGAACAAGUAAAAGAUUAUCACUAUGGCAGCAACAACAGCAGACGGUGAUUCUAGCGUUGUUGAUGUUGGUGAAGUUACUGUUCAUAUUCGAUGUUCUAAUGGUACAAAAUUCGAUGUUAAAACCAGUCUUCAGUCUCUGGUUUCUUCGUUCAAAGCCGUUUUAGCUCAAAAUUGCGAUGUUCCAGUUGAACAACAACGUUUGAUUUACAAAGGACGGAUCUUAAAAGAUGAUCAAACCCUAGAUAGCUAUGGUUUGCAAGCCGAGCACACUGUUCAUAUGGUUCGUGGUUUACCAGGUACUUCUACUAACAGUGCUGGGGGAGCUACUCCCGCAGUUGCAAACACCACGCCUGGUGUCCCUAGGGGUAUUGGCUCCAAUGAAGGUGGAGGCCUUGGAGGAGCAUCGCUGUUUCCUGGAUUUGGUGGUCUAAGUGGCUUAGGUGGUACUGGUGGUUUGUUCGGAGCCGAAAUCCCUAACCUUGAGCAAAUGCAGCAACAGAUAACGCAGAAUCCUAACAUGAUGAGGGAUAUCAUGAACAUGCCUGCUAUGCAGAACAUAAUGAACAACCCUGACCUCAUGCGCAAUUUGAUAAUGGGCAAUCCUCAAAUGCGUGACAUCAUUGAUAGGAAUCCAGACCUUGCACACAUACUUAAUGAUCCCAAUACUCUUCGUCAGACUUUGGAAGCGGCAAGAAACCCUGAGCUCAUGCGGGAGAUGAUGAGGAACACUGACAGGGCAAUGAGCAAUAUCGAAGCUUCUCCUGAAGGAUUCAACAUGCUCAGGCGCAUGUAUGAAAAUGUUCAGGAGCCAUUUCUGAACGCAACAACAAUGGCUGGAGACGCCAACGCAGGGUCAAACCCGUUCGCUGCCUCAUUGGGGAACCAAGGUGGGGGCCGGGCAGCCAACCCUUCAACAACUGGUUCUGAAACAGCUACUGGUUCUCCUGCACCCAAUACUAACCCUCUUCCUAACCCAUGGAGCAACACUGCUGCAGGGGGUGUGCCAACAAACACUACAGCAAGGUCAAAUCCUGCUGGGGAUGCCAGGACACCAAAUAUUGCUGGCUUAGGUGGGCUUGGACUACCUCCAGAUAUGGAACGGAUGCUUAGUGGCGCACAAGAUCCUUCCCAAAUGAAUCAACUUCUGCAGAAUCCAGCUGUUGGCCAGAUAAUGCAAAGCAUUCUCUCAAACCCUCAGUACAUGAACCAGGUGUUGGGACUCAAUCCCCAACUGCGAGGCCUGCUUGAUUCCAGUCCUCAGUUGCGAGAAAUGAUGCAGAAUCCAGAAUUUCUUCGCCAGCUAACCUCUCCCGAGACAAUGCAGCAAAUGAUGGCUUUACAACAAUCGCUUCUUCAAAACCGGCAACAACCAAACCAGGAUGGUCAGGCUGGUGGUGCUCCAGGAAUGGGGUUGGAGUCAUUGAUGAACAUGUUUGGCGGACUUGGUGCUGGUGGCUUGGCUGUUCCAUCUGAUGUGCCACCGGAACAAUUCUAUGCCACACAGUUGUCGCAGCUUCAAGAAAUGGGUUUCUUUGACACCCAGGAGAAUAUAAGAGCACUAACUGCCACCGGUGGAAAUGUACAUGCUGCAGUGGAGAGACUCUUGGGGAACCCUGGUCAGUAAAAUUUUUAUGCUUCUCCACCCAUUUAUAUCGUGUUGCUCGUGCAAGCGUGUAAAGAUAAGUUGGUCCGUAAAAAGUGGCAUGAGGCGGCAAAGGCAUUCACAGCACAUCAAGGUUACCAUUUUUGGCAUAAAUAAGUAUGCAUCGUGAUAGUAAGAGUUGCAAACUUCCUGAUGUAUGCUUUGAAUUUGUUGGUCAUCCCCUAUCUGUUUUUCUCUCUCUUUUGAGAAGCACAAAUUUUAAGAUCUUUGGUAAUGUACAUACAAGCUUCUAAGGGUUUGUUUUGUAUUUUGAUAGAUUUGGAACCACAUGGUGUUUAUGCCCACUCGAUCUCUUGUUUCCUU